GUAGUUCGUGUUCCAGCGCCAUCUUUGUAACUGGUGUAGGAUGGCUACUUUUAAAGGUGCUGCAAGAGAAGCCCAGAGAGCGGCUCUGUUGAUGAAACAACGUGAGAAAGAGCGUCAGGAGUUGGAACUUCAAAAGCGAAAACUUGAAGCAGAAAUGCGUGUUGGUGAAAUGUCGACUAAGUUUGCUGUACAUUACGAUGCAAUAGAACAUCAGUUGAAAACAAAUACAAUAGGAUUAGUGACGCUUGACGAAAUGAAAGCUCGACAAAAAGCUUACAUGACGCAAAGAGAAAAAGAGUUGGCUUUAGGAAACUCUAAAGGACUCUCACAAAAAUCGGGAAAUGCAGCCUUAGAAAAGAAAAACAAGCUUCAGCCUAGUUUGCUGUCAUUUGCUGAGGAGGAAGAUGCUGAAGACAUAUUAAAACCCCCGAGUUUGGAAACUGGUGACUCCGAGUCAGCAGACAAAGUAAAAGUGACUGACGAACAAAAUCAACCUGAGGAAACUGUAGCACUUGAUGGAGAUGAUUCCUCUAGGUCUGACAAUGAGACUCAAGUGAAACGUAGACGUCUCGGGAAAAACCCAACAGUCGACACUAGCUUUCUUCCGGAUAUUGACAGAGAUGAAGAAGAAAAGCGUCUAAGAGAAGAACUACGAAGAGAGUGGGUAGCAAAGCAGGCUGCAAUUAAAGAAGAAGAAAUAGUUAUCACUUAUAGUUACUGGGAUGGAUCUGGACAUCGCAAACAAGUUCGAAUGAAGAAAGGCCAUUCAAUACAUUUGUUCUUACAUCGUUGUUUAGAACAACUUCGUAAAGAUUUCUCCGAGUUAAAAUCUGCUAGUGCAGAUCAAAUGAUGUACAUAAAAGAAGACUUAAUUAUUCCUCAUCACUACACAUUUUAUGAUUUCAUUGUAACCAAGGCUCGCGGUAAAUCUGGCCCCUUAUUCUGUUUUGACGUUCAUGAUGAUGUUCGUAUUCGAAUGGAUGCAAACGUAGAAAAAGAGGAGUCACAUGCGGGAAAAGUCUGUUUGCGCAGUUGGUAUGAGCGUAAUAAACAUAUAUUUCCGGCUAGUCGAUGGGAGCCUUACGAUCCGGCCAAGAACUGGGACCAGUAUACAAUCUCCGAUAAAAUGUCAGCAAAAAUUACUGUCAAGUGAUAUACAUAUCUUCGUUCCUUUUCACAUAUUAACGUAUUUUCUUCAGAUAGUAUUUAAAAGUUUUAAUUAAAUGUAACAUAACUUAUUAUUAUUAUUUAACAUUUGCAUUUUUGACAUAUUUUACAUUGUGAUAAUAAAAUAAAACUUAAUAUGUUUAC